UAAAAGACACCCUAUGCCUUAAAUCAAACAUUACAAUAGUAUAAAAAUAGAAAAUGAAGAAGUUAAGGGGUGUAUUCAGUAAAAAACAAUAACACAAAAAAGCGCAGUGGAAAAGUCAAAUACCAGCCCAAUCUUUUUAUUUGGUGGAGAAAAGAGAGAACCGAAAAGAAUUUAGCAUUGUGAAGAUUCCAAGUUUUUGAGGGUUUUUACAGGUUCCUCCUAAGAAGAAGAAAAUGCCGUGCCUUAACAUUUCGACAAACGUGAACUUGGAAGGAGUUGACACUUCCUUCGUACUCUCAGAAGCUACUUCCACUGUUGCCAAACUCAUUGGCAAACCUGAAGCUUAUGUCAUGAUUGUGCUGAAGGGGUCUGUUCCCAUGUCUUUUGGGGGUACAGAGCAACCCGCUGCCUAUGCUGAGUUGGUCUCCAUUGGGGGCUUAAAUGCUGAUGUCAACAAGAAGCUCAGUGCUGCAAUUUCUGAGAUGCUUGAGACCAAAUUGUCUAUCCCCAAAUCUCGAUUUUUCCUGAAAUUCUAUGAUACUAAGGGUUCCUUCUUUGGCUGGAAUGGAUCUACCUUCUGAAUUUCUAUUGUCAUUUCACAAUUGGCUAUCUUUGAGCCACAUAUGAACUGUAUGUAUGUGGUUGGAUCUGUAUCUGCCAAGUAACUUGUUAUAUCUUUCUUGGUAGUACUUGGAAUGAUGAAUGUCUGGUCCUUGUGAUUGAUGGAAUUAUCCUGCUUCUAAACCUUUGAUGUGAUCUUGGCAUUGUUGUCUUGAAUAGGAGGUUGCUAUCAGUACUCUUAUGCAAUGACAUGACAUCAUUAAAGGAAUAAGUUGCAUUUGGUAAAAUGCUUACAUGCGUUCAAA